CAGUUCUGCAUCUUGGAAAUACCAGUACUUCAAAUUCAAUGCGCUUUCAUGGUGCACCGUGCAGCGCUUGUAACUUGUAUAAAUGCUUGUAAGGAGGGACCAAAACCACGUAGCUUGCGCUGUCCCAGUUGGCACCACCCGCCUCGCUUCAAUUUCUCGCCAGCAUGGCCCAGACUUUGGCAGCAAAGAGCUGCUGCUUCGCUGAACAAUUUAUCAUGAGCAGGCACAGCCCCCAAUGCCGAGGUCCAGAAUUUCCGUCUCCAAGGUUCCCUCCAAGCAGACAGUCUGUCGCAGUCUGCAAUCCAGUUUCUAGGAGAGGUGAACACGGAAUAGAGAGAUUGCGAAAACAGAGGCGACCUUCGCAAGUUUGUGCAAUUGGGGCUCCGUCAGGGGGCGUGGCUCCAGAGGACGACAGUGCGAGGAUAGAGGGGAUGAAUGUUCCAAAGACUGGGGGCGAAGAGCAGGUACCACGCUCAAAGGAAGGUGGUUUCAAAGGCUGGUUCCAAAACCUGCAGAUGGACGCAAAGGCUGCGCGCGCACGGGUUGCAAAGCUGGGGUUGGCCGCAGUCCUGGCGUACGGCCUCCUUGACGGCGUGACAUAUACGGUCGCAUUUACUCUCGCCUUUCUGGGGUACGAAAAGAGCACGGGGCUCAAUCCCGCUAGAAACCUGAAGUCGCUACUCGGGAUUGUCGUACUUAUGUGGACGUCAAACAAUGUCACCCGGCCUCUUAGAGUCACGGCGGCCGCUGCGGCUGCCCCUUUCGUCGAUCGCUUCCUAAAACGACUACAAAAGGCAUUGAACCUGCCAAAUCAGAUCUUUGCAUUUGCAAUAACUGUGGCGGUUGUUGCCGGCACAUGCUUAUCUGUGGCCGGGCUCUUGAUUCUAUCCCGACUAGGCACUUGACUGACUUGACAUCGGCGACUUUGGAAGUCGACUCUGGAAGAUUGCAGUACAUGCUUUGUCUUUGGAUAAAGGUAGCUAGACUCACCGUAGCUGAGGUAUCAGGCAAUUGUCAGAGCCCUUUUGCCUUUCUACACCACGUGGUAGGCGUGGCGGAUAAGAGUCUGCGGUGCAGCAAUGUGGUGGCUACCAAGGGACUUGGCUCAUGGUUUCUUCGGGUCACUUGGUUGAGCAAAUCUUACAUGUACAUAUGAUCUGGACCUUUUUCCAAGGCGAACUCCACUGCGUCAUAUCAGUCGGUCGACUGGCAUGCUCUGUACCGUCACAAAAAUAAUCAUCAAUACUUGGG